AUGGAUAUCGAGAAAAAAUACGUUCAGGAAGCAUACAGAUAUUUAGCAUCAUUUUCGAAUGCUGCUUGCUGCCGAAAUGAAACUCGAAAAUCAGUAGUUCGAUGGAUCGUGGCUUAUUCCGUAAUAGCACUAAGUUCAUUCAUAGCCGAAGUUGUUAACAAAAACGAAUAUUUAAGCUGUGAACAGGUUGAAGGAAUGCUGGAGUUGCGACAUUUUAACUUUCAUUGGCUGCUAAGUUGUGGUGAAGCAAAAUACCACAGGAGCGAUUGCUUCUUUAUGGACUGCGAUACAUGUUUAGAAAUGCUUGUGCAGUUGCAGUCACCGCCAAUGGUUGAUUUGCAGUUAGCUGAUGUUCUAAAUUUACCGUAUAGAUCGAAUAGUAUUGAUGCUGUCUUAUUAGUAUCUGUUUUACACCAUUUUACAACACUCGAUCGAAGAAAACGAGUGCUAACUGAAGUAGCACGAUGUUUGCGACCUCGGCAAUGGCCAAGUACUGAUAUAUGUUUGGGCAUUCGAACAACCCAACGGAAAAUUUCCGUCACAGGACGUACUGGUGCCUUGCCAGUUGCAUCGUUGCGAUAA